AUGACUGCCAAACAGGACCAAAGAGCCAAAAGGCAGAGAUCAGCCAAUUUGGCUCGUACUGCAGAGCCUGAGGUUACCACCGACUCUCACGCAAGAAACCUUUUGGAGAAUCAACCGAAACUCACCGAGAAAUCAAAGGUCAGAAAACUCAGUAAAGCAGCCAUCAAGAAGCAGCAGGCUAAGAUCAGACUUUAUGGAGCCAAGAACGGAAAAGAAUACCGCGAGGAUCAGUUGGAUAUUCCCACGUUGAACAGAGCCAUUGUUCCAGGAGUCAAAGCUAAAAAGGGAAAGAAGGGAAAGAAGUUUGUGGAUGAUCAUGAUGUAUUGAAGCUCAAUCUUCUAAUCAAGUCGAUUAACGACAAGCACGAUAAAGUCAACGAAUCCAAGUUGGAGAAGUCACGAAGAUUGGAGGAGGUUCGUGAGUUGAAGAGGAAGGAGAUGGACAGAAAGGAACAGGAGAAGACAAGCAAGUUGGAGAACAAGAAGGCUGAGAUCAAGAACAAGGCCAAUGUGGCCCGUGCAGCCAGAAGAAAGAACGCUAGAGCUGCCCUGAAGGAGCUGGAGAUCGAGGCUCCUAAAUCUAAGAAGAAGUCUGUUUCUUUUGCAUGA